GAACUAACAGGAAGGUGCAGAGGAAGAAAACACAACAAAACCCUCCGUUACAUUGCAUUGUUUCAGUCAAAGACCCAACGUUAAUGCUACAUUUUUAUUUGACAAAUCGGAGCUUUUUAAAUACUUUUUCGCUCCAAAAUGUCAGAUGAAAACUCAACUGUAGGUGAAACGCUUCACCGUGGAGAUGGAGAGACAAACCAGGGUCAGGGUAAACCAAAGCAGCAGGACAGUGGAGCUCUGGACGGGACUCCCUCCUCCAGGUUCCUGCGGGCUGAGCUGGAGCUCAACGCCCACCUCCGGCGGCUCUCCUUCAGCGAGCCGGUCCGGUACAUCUACAACCCGCUGGAGUACGCCUGGGAGACCCACCGCUGUUAUGUGGAGAAGUACUGUCAGCCCGGACAGAGGUUCCUGUUCCUGGGGAUGAAUCCUGGACCCUUCGGCAUGGCGCAGACUGGAGUCCCAUUCGGUGAAGUGAGGUCAGUUGUUGACUGGCUGAAGAUCACAGGGGAGGUUGGUCAUCCUGAUGACGAGCAUCCGAAGCGACGGAUCACGGGGCUCGCCUGCACUCAGAGCGAAGUGAGCGGUGCACGUUUUUGGGGCUUCUUCAAGAAAUUGUGUGGUGAACCGGAGCUGUUCUUCCAACACUGCUUUGUGCACAAUCUGUGCCCACUAAUCUUCAUGAGUGCCAGUGGGAAGAAUUUAACGCCCCCUGAGCUGCCUGCAGCUGAACGGGAGGCUCUGCUGGCCCUGUGUGACAUCGCACUGUGCCAGGUGGUGGAGGCACUCAACGUCUCCAUGGUGAUUGGCGUAGGAAAGGUGGCCGAGCAGCGGGCGCGGCGAGCUCUGUCUGCUGCAAGUAUCAACGUGCGAGUCGAGGGCAUCAUGCAUCCGUCGCCCAGGAACCCACAAGCCAACAAGGGCUGGGAGGAUGUAGCUAAAGCCAAACUGGCAGAACUUGGUGUUCUAUCUCUGCUGAACAACUCUUGAGCUAAUCAGCUUCCUCUGACACUCAUCAGUAGAAGUGUGCAGUUCACUCGCUCUGACAAUAGAUCAGGAUGUGUGGAGUUCCAGCAACAGACUCAGAGUAUCUUUAAUUUGACGGGUGGUUUGCUGAACUAUGGAAAAGUGCAUGCUCACAUUUUUCUUCACUGCUCAGUCUGUGUGUCUAAGCAAACGUUGCUUCCCUCAGUGACAAUAGCAGCAAAUAGCUCCAAGGAGAGUUUGUAAUACAUUAAUGCCUUAACAACUCUUACCACAAAUGCUGGAAACACACCUGUUCUACAAAUGCAUGUUUACUUUUACUGCAAAGAUCUGUUUGUUCAUUUCAGGAUGGUGUUUUCUGUACAGAUCCAGCAUGGCACUGGAUUAUGAACCUAAAAAUAUUUCUACACUAAUGUAGCUAUAAGAUGCUGUGGAUGUGUGUGUAAGUCUUUAUCCCAAAUGUAAGCUCAGGGUCUAAGUGAGUGUUCAGUUUUGUGUUGUGUUUCAGUAAGCCCACUAAUCCAGUAUAUUGGAAACAAAAAACUACUGUUAUUGUUACUAUGUCCAGCCUGGCCCGGUACUUAUCAGUGAAUUAAUAUGUGAAAAUGAAACCAAAAUUUAAAUGUAUUAACACAACAAAUAUUCACAAUAUUAAAUAGGUAUAGAAAAUACUUUGAUAAAGAUGGCCUCCAAAUAUGGCAGAAUUUCAUGGGAAGCAAUCAUUACCCUUUGAUAGGGUACUUUUAGAAAAUUAAGGAAUUAAUUUGCCAAUCCAAUGUCUUUGGCACAAGUUAAAUUACAAUUCUGUGAAUAAAAUGACAACAGGUAAAACAGGUUGAUUUUAAAACUCAGUUCAACUUAGUUUGUAGCAUAAACUUUACAGACAUGCUGCAACUUGUGACUGGUGACAUUACAGAGUUCAGAAAUAAUACAGGAAAAUACAGCACUGUAAAAAUAGUAAUCUGGUCCAUGUGUUGUAUGUGCCAGAUUAGUACACAAGACUAUUCUUUUAUAUGGUUUCUUUUUUUAAACGGUCUUCUUUGUCAUUUAUUUGGUCAUGUAUUUUAUGAGUUUACAUGCUGAUUAUGCCAUGCUAUUUAGUUUUUUUUUUUUUUUUUUUUUUUACUAGUUUUAUGGAUGUAUAAACUCAAUGCCCUUUAAACUAGAAGUUACUUGUUUAAAUAAACUUUGAAUUCUGAAAUCUGGACAAAUAUGCUUCCUCUGGUGUUCCAAAAAUGAAGGUUGACUGACAACUAAGGCUAAUACUUUGCAUGUGUUUAAAGCCUGCUAAAUAUUACCAUAUUAAUAUGUUUAGAAAGUCUUAACCCUCGUGUCGUCCUGCGGGUCAAAAUUGACCCGUUUAAAAGUUUAAAAA